GCUGAAAGCGUGGGACACGAUCCGGCAUGGCGGAGCUGCUGCCUCCGACGCCAGCCGAGACCGAAGUGGAGCGCCGGGUGCGGGCCUGGGCGGAGGUGCAGCGGGCGCGGGGGAAGCGCGUGGCGCUGGUGACGUCGGGCGGGACGCAGGUGCCUCUGGAGGCGCGCGCUGUCCGCUUCCUGGAGAACUUUAGCAGCGGGCGCCGCGGGGCGGCCUCGGCCGAGCGGCUGGUGCAGGCCGGCUAUGGCGUGUGCUUCCUGCACCGCGCGCGCUCCGUCUUCCCCUGGGCGCGCGCCCUGCCCCCCUACGGCUCCUCUCUACUGGACGCCCUGCGGGUGGAAGCCGGCCCCGCCCCACGCGUCACCGCCGACGUCGACGCGUUCCCGGGGCUCGUGCCCGCGCUUCAGGCCUAUCGGCGCGCCAAGGAUGAGGACGCGCUCUUGCCCGUGGAGUUCAGCGGCCUGGGAGAGUAUCUGGGGCUGCUGCGGGCGGCGGCCCGGGCCCUCUCGCCGCUGGGUUCCAGUGCCAUGUUCUACUUGGCGGCUGCUGUAUCGGACUUCUACAUCCCUGCUUCAGAGAUGCCAGAACACAAGAUCCAGUCUGUAGAUGGACCACUCCAGAUCACGAUGAAGAUGGUACCAAAAAUGCUCUCCCCUUUGGUUAAGGAAUGGGCUCCCGAAGCCUUUGUCAUUUCCUUCAAAUUGGAAACCAACCCGUCCAUUUUGGUUGACAAAGCUCGGCAGGCUUUGGAGAAGUACCGCCACCAGGUGGUGGUAGCAAACGUGCUCGACUCCCGAAGGACCUCUGUGAUGGUGGUAACCAGGGAUUCAGAGAUGCAGCUGUCACUGUCUGAUGAAGAACUGACCCAAGGUGUGGAAAUCGAGGAGAAAAUUGUGAGCCACCUUGAGUCUCGGCAUACAGCUUUCAUGGAGAAACAACCCUUGAUUAGGAAAAAAGUGAUUUGAGUCCUCAAAUUGAAAUAGACUUUUAAUGAUGGUUAAAUGGUGAUGGAAGUGGAAGAUUCCUCUGCUACUGGUAAACAGAGGAAAAGGAAACAAUUUGCUGCAGCUCUGCCUAGGAUCAAAACGGUGAAAAUCUGACAUGACUUUCUUUGCACACCUUCAUAUGCUUGCUGCUCAUCAGAGAAAAUAUAUAUGUAUAUAAAUAGGAACAUUCC